GAUUGACAAAAUUCGGCUCCGAGAAACUAGCAUAAGAAAGGAGCGGGUACAUAUAGUCAUGGAUGCAGAACGGGCUCUGUACGGCGCAUACGGAGAGCGGUAUCCAAGCGGUGUAUUCUUGCGAACCAAUGACGAGUUAGACAGACGCGAAGAAAAAAGACGGAUGAGGUCCUACUCCCAAGGCAAAAUGUGCUUAUUUUCGUCGCAAGUAAAAAUCACAAGACACAUUGUCUAGAGUGUUGUUUUCGACCCGAUACCCUCUCACCCUCCUUCCAUGACGCUGUCUCUUGAUGAUGAGGGAUGCAGAGCUCUGAUCUCCUAUCCGGCAAU